UGUUUCUUCGAGUGGUGUUUCCCUUCCCCCUGGGGCUGUUCCCAGGCCGGGUGCCUGUCAGCCCCAGCCCAUGUUUGCACACCCCAGGCGCCCCUUGCCCUCUGCCCUGUCCCACCGUGCCCACGGGUGAAGCUCCCAUUGCCCGUUCCCACCCUGUGCUCCCCUGACCAUCCCCUGCUGCCUGCAGGGCAGGGGAAAAGCACUCCUGGAAGCACGAGGCCUCUGUCACACCCCCAGAAUCUGGUGCAGUUUUGGCACUGCCAAUGCCUGCAGGUGGGGCAGCUGGAGAAGACUGCUGCUGCUCUCCUGGCACUUGUUGCAGGAGCACCUGCAGAGCCCAGCAGCAGCUCCAGUCUCUGCUGUCUCCUCUGCAGCAGCUCCAGACCUGAGGUGGCCCUGGUUCUCCAAAGCAUUGGCUUCCCCAUAAAGCCACAACUCCUUCACAGCCCCACAGAAGCCAAGUGGGAUUUGGUGGCUUCUCUUUCAAAGCAUGCACACUGGUAGUGGGGUGGGCAGCUCUGCAUUGGCUGUGCAAGCUGCUUCUGGCUCCCCCUUCUCCCAAGUGACCCCUUCCAGAAGCUCCCAUCCCCACACCACAGCUCUGCUGUCCCUAUGCAACACCAGUGGUCACAGAGACUAAAAACAGGAUGUCUGUGGCAGAGUGUGGAUGUGCUUCAUGGUGGGAGGGCUAUGGUCUGCCCUCUUCCACAGUUGCUUCCUAGGUAUUCAUGUCCCCUCCUGCAUGGCUGGCCUGUCACCAGAGUGGAGGGAUGGUGUCCUGGAGGGACUGGCAGAGGAGGCCAGUCACUCCUCACUGUUUCCCUGCAGGUUGGGCUGGGGCCUCACUCAGGUGUGCCAGGGGACAUCUCACCCCAAUGGCAGCCCCUGCCAGGCUAGUUGUGGCCCCCAUGUAGGCCACCAACCAGUCCUGCCACUCAGUCCAGCUCCCUUAGACCAGACAAGCCCUUGAGAGGCUCAGUGUGUUCUCAGAGGCUCAGGCUGGAAAAGCUGAGCUUUUCCCAGUCCCACUCAUAAACCACCACAGCACAAAUGAGAUUAAAUUCAUCCUGAGGGGAUUCCCUGGCUAUGAGAGUUUACUCCUGGUUGCAAUAUCACUGAAAUUAAAACUCCUUCCCUCCCUGGCCUCAGGAGAGCUGCAGCCAGGUCCUGUUAGUGCCAUGACAAGGACUGGGCUGGCAGUGCCCAGGGCAAUACACCUGCCAGAGCAGACAGGCAGUUGAUAGGGAAUGUGGGCUUUCCUGCUCACUCCCCUCUCCUUUUCCAAACCCAGGAAAGAUCUGUGUGGAGGGAAAAGCUUCUCAUCUUGUUUUUCCACUUGAUGCCCCUCUUUUUCCACUGUGGAUGCACAGGGCACUGCAACCCCUGAAAAAAUUCUUCCUGGAGGCCUGGAUGAUGCCCUGAGCUCCUGGGUCUCCUUCAGAGCCCAUGAGGGAUGGGCAGGACCUGGCAGCUGCCCCAGCAGCUCUGUGUGCCUGGCAGCAACCAGGACAGGCAGGACAUCCUUAGCUGCUGUCCUUCCAGCACAAGGGCAGCAGCUGACACUCACAGACAUUCAAGGCAUCUUUCAGAGCAAAAAAGAGACUUUUUCAUCCUGCUGAAGCCCAGCAAACCCAUGCCCCACUGCUUUGCCAUCUUGGAGCUGGGUGUCCAGAGCGUGGCUUCAUUUCACAGUGGGCCUCAUCUGCCAGAGGAAGCAAGGAAUUAAAGCAGAGUCCUUCCUGCAGCGAGCGAGUGGAUGUUCUGAGGCCUCCAGUUUGCAGACCCAGAGUCCUUCCUGAAGUCUGCACGGCUGCAGCGCCUGCCCUCGUCCUCCUCAGAGAUGGGAAGCCAGGACGUGUCCCCUCUGCAGGAGACCAGCAAGGAUCCCUUCUCUGGGGACUGCAGCUGCCGGCAGGACGGGCUGACCGUCAUCAUCACCGCCUGCCUGACCUUCGCCACCGGGGUCACCGUGGCCCUCAUCAUGCAGAUCUAUUUUGGGGACCCUCAGCUGUUCCCGCGCGGGGCCGUGGUGACGGACGCGGCGCCCUGCACGGCGCUGGGCACCCGCGUGCUGGCCCGGCGCGGCUCCUCGGUGGACGCGGCCAUCGCCUCCGCCCUCUGCGCCGGCAUCGUCAACCCCCACGCCUCGGGGCUGGGAGGGGGCGGGGUGAUGCUGGUCCACGACAUCCGCAAGAACCGGAGCUGGGUGAUCGACUUCCGAGAGGUGGCUCCCCUGGGCAUCCCGCUGGAAGGGGACCUGCAGCACGACACCAAGCCAGGUCUGCUCGUGGGGGUGCCAGGCAUGAUCCAAGGAAUGCACCAGGCACACCAGUUACAUGGCAGGCUCCCCUGGUCCGAGCUGCUGAGCCUCACGGCCGGUGUCGCCCAGAACGGCUUUAACGUCACACAUGAGCUGGCCAGAGCCCUGAGUGAACUGAAGGAGCUGAACUUCUCUGGGCGGUUCCAGGAGCUCUUCCUGCCGGCUGGGCAGCCCCUGCUGCCGGGAAUGUUCGUCCGGCGCCCGGACCUGGCGGCCGUGCUGCAGCUGCUGGGGGCAGAAGGGGUCUCAGCCUUCUACAGAGGAAACUUGACCCAGGAGAUGAUCUCUGAGGUCCACAGCUAUGGAGGAGUGUUGGUGGAGGAAGAUUUCAGCAAUUACAGUGUCACUGUGGAGGAGCCUGUGCACACAAUCUAUCGAGGGCACCUUGUUUUCACCCCCCCACCUCCACAUGCAGGUCCUGCACUGAUCACAGCACUGAACAUUCUCGAGGGCUUUAACAUCACAAGGCAAGGAUCCAGAGGGAAUAUCUUACACUGGAUAGCAGAGACACUAAAAAUAGCCCUGAGCCUGGCGAGCAACCUGGGAGACCCAUCUGGUGACGUGUCUGUCACUCACACAGCAGAAGGCAUGGUGAGUAAAUCAGAAGCCAGUUCCCUGCGGCAGCUGAUCGAUGGCUCCCAGCCCGUCCCGCCCGAGCCGCGCCCCGCCCUGCGGAGCGGCACCGCCGCCAGCCAGGUCCUGGUCAUGGGCCCUGACGACUUCAUCGUGGCCCUGCUGAGUUCUUUGAACCGUCCCUUUGGCAGUGGAAUAGUAACACCCUCUGGAAUCCUCCUGAACAGCCAGAUGUUGGACUUCUCCUGGCAAAAUAAAACAAUGAACCACUCCAUUCCCAGGCUGCAGAACGUCCUUCAGCCCGGGAAGCGGCCGCGCUCCUUCCUGCUGCCCACCAUUGUGAGGCCCUCGGAGGGGAUGUGUGGCACCUACCUGUGCCUGGGGGCCAACAACGGGGACAGAGCCCUGAGCAGCAUCCUCCAGGUUUUGGUAAACGUUUUAUCAUUUCACAAGAAUCUGAGUGAAAGUUUGUCACUUGGUCGACUUCACCCCCAGCUUCAGUCCAACACCUUGCAGGUUGACAGUGAGUUUCCUGAAGAAGAUAUUGAAUUUCUUGUGGCCAGGGGCCAUCAGGUGGAAAAAGUCCCAGUGUUAUCCCUGGUUCAUGGGGCCAGGAGAACCAACAGUUUCAUCAUUGGCCUGAAGGACCCCAGGAGUGCAGAUGCUGCUGGGGCCACAACCUUGUAGCAGCUCCCAGGGCCCUGUUCUGUGAGCAAGGCUGACACACAAGUGAUGUGCAUGUUCUGAAGUGGCCCUUCUCCAGCCCUGCACACUGCUGGGAAGAGGUUCUGCACUCCCCACCCUGACAGUACCAGAGGACAGCACCAACAUCCAGCUCUCUUUUGAUUUCUCAGUUAUUUGGAUUGCAGCAGCCCUGUCCUUGUUACUGGAGUGGCACGAGCACUUUUCUUUUGGCAGUCUUGCUAAUAGUUCAGUCUUUCCAAAGCCCAGUUCUAGCCAGCAUCUUACUUUCAGGGAUCAGGAGCAUGAGCAAGGGAAAAAGCAGCUGCUGCUGCUGCUGUUAGUUUUGAUGAUGAUUAUUCUCAUCUCCCUGUCUUUCCCAAGUUCCUUCUUUGCCUCCAGUGUAAGUCAGUAAUUAAUAUAGCCUGAUAGUGUUUGUAGGUGCCUGCAGCUGGAAUACUGGGGAGUCCUCUAAUACUCCAUCUGAGCCACCUGAUUUUUACCAGCAUGCAGCAUCCCAGGGAAGUUCCUGUGCUCACACCACUGCAUACCUUGAAUUUUGGCAGUAAAUAUUUUGAAUCCAGUUGCUGCACAGACUCACUGGCAAUCUGAUUUUCUAGCCAGAGCAAUGGUUUUCAACAGCUCUACCAAAUUCUUCCUCUAACAACUUGUGCAUCUCCCAGUAGUUUUCUUACAGAAGUUCAACCUUGUCACUGACUAAUGGUGACGAGGUUUAACUUUCUUAGACAUUUUUUUGAGAUAUCUUAGCAGUACUCCACAGAGUUGUGAAAAACCACAGAUCAUGGACUGAAGAGAGCAUUUGGGUGGGUUCAGCUUUACUUCCACUGCCUUAUCUCAGCCUGUUCCUAAAGCCUGGGUCAUUCCUACAAGAGAGGCUUGGGAAUUUUUGCUGACUGAAUUAAUGGCUGUACUUUAGCUCUGUGUUUUAGUCCUAGUGAAUCUAUUGGAAAAGCUGAAGAGAGUGAGAGAAAAAGUACAAACCAAACCAAACACUACCAAGAUAAUUUUUUGUCCACAACAUGUAGUGAAAAUAAAAGAAUGCUCUUGCAUUUCGUGUCUGAAAUUGAGAAGGGAAGAAUACCCCAGCUGACAUCUGCACCUGGUCAUUCAGCCCACAUUUGGACAUUUCCUGCUUUUUUUGCUGGCAAGUUUGAAUCACUUUGCACUAAAAAAAUUCUGGAGCUUGAUCAUGUUCUGCAGUCUAAAAUGUGAUGUUUUCCUUCAUGGUGCAAAUGCACCCAUGACCACUGUACAUAUUAUAUAUGUAUGUCUGCUUAUGGUUGUCUUGCUCUUUGAUUUGAUGAUCUUGUCACUCACCCUGACCUUCCUCCCCAGGCACCUUGUGACACCUUGCUUGUGCCACCUCUAGCCCUCAGUGCCAUGGGCUGAUUUUGGGGUAGUCAGGGCCACAGGGCAGAUAACUGGACUAAUGGUUCCUGCCACCUGGGAGCUGUGGAUCUCAGAACACUGCAGUGCAGCACGUUGGGCUGAGUGAGAGCAGAGUGUUUCCUGCUCUGCUGAAGUGCAGCCACCCAUGAGAGGAGCAGAGCAGCUCCCACUGGCAGGACCAGCAGCAGCAUUUCCUGUUCCUAGGGCAUCCAUGCCCUCAGCUGGGACAGGGGAAGCACAAUCUGUGACCUGCUCUGUGCCACCAAGAAGAGAAUUUCUUCACCACAGGGACACCAAAUCUAUUAUUUGUUUCUCCACCAUCAGCACUAGAGUUGGUCACUGCCUGAGGAAGGAGAGCUCAUAGAUGUGUCUUGGAGCAGACCCCUCCAGGCUCCACAGGAAGGGCAGGAGGCAGUUCUGUGUGUUGAACCUCUCUGGAGAUGAUCUGGGUGUUUCUGCUCUGUCCUAGCCCAGAUCUGUCCCUUGGGCAUGGAGGUUCUCUAUGAACAGCUGCAAAAUACGUGGUAGAGUCACUGUCAGUGCAGGGGUUUGCAUGAAAUGUCACAGAACACUUUAAAAGAUUAAAUUCCUCCUUAUUAACUGAAUUCACCAAUUUCUGAUGCUGGAUAAUGUGUAUAUAUGUUUGGGAGUAAAAGACUUUGGUCUUGAUUCAAAAGGGCACUCUCCUAUGUCUCAAAGUACAAUUUCACAGCAAUUACCCAGAAUCUUAAAAUAAAGCAUGUUCCAAAGUG